AAUUUGAAUUAUUUACGACUGUACAGCCGAUUAAAGGGAAGCGCGCCGGUGCGCCACAGGCAGACUUCGAACGGUUCGGAGCAGCUGACACAAUACACACACAAACCGCCUCUCAAACAAGAGGUUUUUAAUUAUAUCAAGCCCAUUUAUGAAAAUUUAAGUAACGACGAAUUAUUAGAGCGUUGCUUAGGAGGCUUCACACAAAACGAAAGCUUCAACUCUGUCGUAUGGACGAUGGCACCGGAAGCAACGUCAAGUGGAAAAACAGUUCUGGAUAUGGUAGCGGACAUUGCAGUUUGCAAUUUUAACGACGGGUUGACAAGCAUAAUGGAAAUAAUGCAGGUUUUACAUAUGCCUAUAGGCACGAAUUGUUAUAAUUUCUGCGCGCAGACGGACGCUCGACGCGUCAUGGCAGCGGAGCGCUCCUUGACUGACGCGGCAAAAGAGGCUCGGAAAGCCUUAACAUCGAACAGAAAAGAGGCAGAGAAAACUGAAGUCGACGUAGAAGGACAACUUUAUGACGCAGGAAUCGCAGACUAAAGGUUCAACUGUUUUGCAGUUAUGCUGCACGCCGAUUUGACGUUCCUGAAAAACAAGCCUAAAUGGAUUAGCCCUAGUGACGUCAUGUUAUUUGAAAAAAAAUAAUAUUUUUCGUGUUCUUAAAUAUAUAU